GGUUGCAACAAACCGGUGGAAAAAAGACACACGUUAUGCCGUGAUAACAUGGAGGUUCUACCUCCAUGCGUGAUAACCACUAUAGAAACUCGCACAAGUAAACUCACUAGAAUAUUUUAUAUUAGUGAGCGUGAGCGAUCAAAGAGCAAAUGUCAUAACAUAACCACAAUAUUAAAAAUGUAAAUUGCAAAUAUUGCAAUCUUAAUCACGGGAUAAUCCACAUAUAAAAACGUAAUAGAUUUUACAUUUAGUUGUUUGAACAAUAAAAUAUCAACAAUCGGUAUGUUUUAUAUACUAUCUAAAUAUUAGAUCAAUACAUCUUAUCAAAUUUAAUUAUUAAAAGCUAAUUGAACUUACAAAUUACAAUACCUAAAUGUAUACACAUAGUUAGCACCUAAGAAUCCUUUGUGAAAAUUCCACCAGUAUCAGUAUUGAAUGUUUGAAUGCAACAAAAUAUUCGACGAAUAUUUCGUUUUGAAAAACGUUAGUCAUGAAAUUUGCUGAACAUCUUACGGCUCAUAUCACACCAGAAUGGAGAAAACAAUAUAUCAGUUACGAGGAGAUGAAAAGCAUGCUAUACAUGGCCGUAGAAGAAGCUCCAUCGGCAGAAAGCGUAGAAGCCGAAGUAGUUACAAGACACUUAGCGAAUUUCGAAGAGCAAUUCUUUCUUUACUGCGACAAAGAAUUGAAGAAGAUCAAUACGUUUUACGCGGAAAAAAUGGCCGAAGCCACAAGGAAAUUCGCCAGCCUGCACAGCGAACUGAAGGAUUCUCUCAACAGCAUCGGCAUGGGAAAGAAAAACAGAAGAACCGUGCCUACCAGGAAGCUGCAGGAGCUGAAAUUGGCUUUCAGCGAAUUUUAUUUAAGUCUUAUAUUACUCCAGAACUAUCAGACAUUGAAUCACACUGGUUUUAGGAAGAUUUUAAAAAAACAUGAUAAGCUUCUGUCGACUGACAUCGGUGCCAAAUGGAGACAGGAACACGUAGAAGCUUCUCACUUUUUUACCAACAAAGACAUCGACAACUUAAUCAACGAUACGGAAAAUAGCGUUACAAAUGAUCUCGAGGGAGGCGACAGGCAGAAGGCCAUGAAACGUUUGAGGGUGCCCCCCUUAGGAGAACAACAAUCGCCGUGGACCACUUUCAAGGUCGGAUUGUUCUCGGGUUCUUUUAUAGUUUUGCUCAUAGCAGUGGUACUAUCGGCCAUUUUCCACGACAGUUCCAGCGAAAAUUUAAAGGUAGCGUUCCGCCUCUACCGAGGGCCGCUGCUGAUCAUCGAAAUCCUUUUCUUAAUAGGCGUCAACAUUUACGGAUGGCGAUCUUCUGGCGUCAAUCACGUGCUGAUCUUCGAACUCGAUCCCAGAAACCAUCUGUCCGAGCAGCAUCUCAUGGAACUGGCCGCUAUAUUCGGCGUCGUUUGGGCGUUAAGCCUGCUGAAUUUCUUGUAUAGUUCCAGCUUGAGCAUUCCGCCGUACGUCAAUCCGCUGGCGUUGACGUUGAUCAUGAUAGCGUUCCUGAUCAAUCCAUUUAAAGUGUUCCGGCACGAUGCCAGGUUUUGGUUCUUGAGGAUAUGUGGUCGCAUGUUUGGAGCUCCAUUUUUUCACGUCGACUUCGCCGAUUUCUGGUUGGCCGAUCAGCUCAACAGCUUAACCUCCGCUUUUCUAGAUUUCCAAUUUUUAACUUGUUUCUAUUUCACCAACGGCAACUGGCUAGAAGCUGGAGAUACUUCGCAAUGUAUGGAAAGGAAUUUCACUAUAAGACCGUUGGUGAAUUGCAUUCCUGCGUGGCUACGUUUCGCUCAGUGCCUUAGACGAUAUUACGAUUCCAAAGAUGCCUUUCCUCAUUUGGUAAACGCCGGAAAAUACUCGACCACCUUUUUGGUGGUUAUGUUUUCGACGCUCAGAUCGGCCUACAAAGACGAUUAUCCCACGGCGUCCGAAAACCCGUACAUGUUUUUGUGGAUAGCAGCUCAAAUACUCAGCUCCACGUACGCCUACACGUGGGAUAUUAAAAUGGAUUGGGGUCUGUUCGAUAAAUCUGCAGGCGAAAAUACCUUACUGAGAGAGGAAACCGUAUAUUCGUCGAAGGUCUUCUACUACUUCGCCAUAAUCGAGGAUUUCGUGCUGCGCUUCGCUUGGACGGUUUCGCUCUACCUGUCCGAGUACGGCUACGUCAGCGGCGACAUAAUGACGUCCGUUCUGUCGCCGCUCGAGGUGUUCCGUAGAUUCGUAUGGAACUUUUUCCGUUUGGAAAACGAACAUUUGAACAAUUGCGGUCAGUUCAGAGCCGUCCGAGACAUAUCGGUGGCACCAAUCGAUUCGUCCGAUCAAAUCCAGAUUAUCAGGAUGAUGGACAAGGAGGACGGCGUCACGAAUAGGGAGAGGGGCAAGAGGAAAGGCAAGAAGAAGGAGGAUAAGAAGCCUCUGUUGCACAACGAGUCCAUUGUUAACUUCAAAGCGAUACCGCUGUCGACUAUCUGAGAUAUUCUUCCAUUCCAAUUAUUUUUAGAGGAUGAAUGAGGGUUGUUAUUAUUAUUAUUAUUUUAUAUUAAGCUUUAUUGUGUAUUUUGUAGAUAUUUGAUAAUUUUAUUCGUAUUGAACAUAUAUAUUUUAUAUAAGACGAAUUUUAGUCAAUAUAUAAGUUUUACUGAAA